GUGUGCCGCUAUCCCCUGGGCAUGUCCGGCGGCCACAUCCCGGACGAGGACAUCUCCGCCUCCAGCCAGUGGUCUGAAUCCACAGCCGCCAAGUAUGGGAGGCUUGAUUCAGAAGAGGGUGACGGGGCCUGGUGCCCGGAGGUCCCGGUGGAGCCAGACGACCUCAAGGAGUUCCUGCAGGUCGACCUGCGCGCCCUGCACUUCGUCACCCUGGUGGGGACCCAGGGGCGGCACGCUGGCGGCCACGGCAACGAGUUCACCCCCAUGUACAAGAUCAAGUACAGCCGGGACGGCACCCGCUGGAUUUCCUGGAGGAACCGGCAGGGGGAGCAGGUGCUGGAGGGGAACGCCAGCCCUUUCGACACUGUCCUCGUGGACCUGGAGCCGCCCGUCAUCGCGCGCCUCAUCCGCUUGGUGCCCGUCACGCCGCACUCCAUGAACGUCUGCCUGCGCGUGGAGCUCUACGGCUGCGCGUGGCUCGAUGGGCUGGUUUCCUACAACGCGCCUGCCGGACAGCAGUUGGUCCUGCCCAGCGGCACGGUCGUCUCUCUCAACGACUCCGUGUACGACGGCGCCCUUGGCUCCGGCAUGACAGAGGGGCUGGGCCAGCUGACGGAUGGUGUUUCCGGCCUGGACGACUUCACACAGACCCACGAGUACCACGUGUGGCCCGGCUAUGACUACGUGGGGUGGCGCAAUGAGAGCACGGCCGGGGGCUACGUGGAAAUCAUGUUUGAGUUCGAUCGUGUCAGAAACUUCACCACCAUGAAGGUGCACUGUAACAACAUGUUUGCCAAGGGGGUGAAGAUCUUCAGGGAGGUUCAGUGCUAUUUCCGCUCCGACGCCGAGUGGGAGCCCAACGCCAUCUCCUCGGUGCUGGUGCUGGAUGACGUCAACCCCAGCGCGCGGUUCGUCACUGUGCCCUUGCUUCACCGCAUGGCCAGCGCCAUCAAGUGCCAGUAUUACUUCGCCGACACCUGGCUGCUGUUCAGCGAGAUCACGUUCCAGUCAGAUGCAGCCAUGUACAACACCUCCGGCGGCCCCCCCGAGUCACCUGUAGCACCCACCACGUACGAUCCAACUCUCAAGGCAGAUGACAGCAACACGCGCAUCCUGAUUGGCUGCCUGGUGGCGAUCAUCUUCAUCCUGGUGGCCAUCAUUGUCAUCAUCCUGUGGAGGCAGUUCUGGCAGAAGAUGCUGGAGAAGGCUUCUCGGCGGAUGCUGGAUGAUGAAAUGACUGUCAGCCUCUCCCUGCCUAGCGAAUCCAGCAUGUUCAACCACAACCGCUCCUCCUCAUCCAGCGAGCAGGAGUCCAGCUCCACCUAUGACCGCAUCUUCCCUCUGGGUCCAGAUUACCAGGAGCCCUCGCGGUUGAUCCGCAAGCUGCCGGAUUUUGCCCCAGGAGACGAAGAGGCAGCCUGCAGUGGAGCCGUCAAACCUGCCCAGCCAAGUGGCCCCGAGGGAGUCCCCCACUAUGCAGAGGCUGACAUUGUGAACCUGCAGGGGGUGACCGGCAGCAAUACCUACUCCGUGCCUGCCAUCACGAUGGACUUGCUCUCCGGCAAAGAUGUGGCAGUGGCAGAGUUCCCGAGGAAGCUGCUCACCUUCCAGGAGAAGCUUGGAGAAGGCCAGUUUGGGGAGGUUCAUCUCUGCGAAGUGGAGGGAAUGGAAAAAUUCAUGGACAAAGAUUUUGCUUUGGACGUCAGCUCCAACCAACCCGUCCUGGUAGCUGUGAAAAUGCUGCGAGCAGACGCCAACAAGAACGCCAGGAACGACUUCCUGAAGGAGAUUAAAAUCAUGUCGCGGCUCAAGGACCCCAAUAUCAUCCGGCUGCUGGCCGUGUGCAUCACCGACGACCCUCUCUGCAUGAUCACGGAGUAUAUGGAGAAUGGAGACCCUGCCCGUCCCCUACGCAGACACCACUGGCUCAAGGCCUGCUCCUCAACCUCACCCCUCCUUUGACCUUCCUGUCGCUGCAGCUACUCGGACCUGAAGUUCAUGGCCACUCAGAUCGCCUCCGGCAUGAAGUACCUGUCCUCUCUGAAUUUUGUGCACCGGGACCUGGCCACACGCAACUGCUUGGUGGGUAAGAACUUCACCAUCAAGAUUGCGGAUUUCGGCAUGAGCAGAAACCUGUACAGUGGAGACUACUACCGAAUCCAGGGGCGGGCCGUGCUUCCUAUUCGCUGGAUGUCUUGGGAGAGCAUCUUAUUGGGCAAAUUCACUACAGCCAGUGAUGUUUGGGCUUUUGGGGUGACACUGUGGGAGACCUUCACUUUUUGCCGAGAGCAGCCGUAUUCCCAGCUCUCAGAUGAACAGGUCAUUGAGAAUACCGGAGAAUUCUUCAGGGAUCAGGGGCGGCAGACAUACCUUCCCCUGCCUGCUCUCUGCCCAGAUCCCAUCUAUAAGCUAAUGCUCAGCUGCUGGAGACGAGACACGAAAGAUCGCCCCUCCUUCCAGGAGAUUCACCGGCUCCUCCAAGCGUCUGCCAGUGAAGAGUGACCCUUUGCUUCGCUUCCGCAUCCUGCUCCUCAUCCCACCCCCGAACACCCACCUAAACAAACUGAAGCAACCUCACCUGGACUCACAAGACUCUCUGCACAGUGGGUCAUCUUCUACUGCACAUUAAAACCCACCAUGAGCAGGGGAAGAAAGUGAGAAGGAACCAAGCUAGCUCCAAUGGCAAAGAGUGAACAAGGGCUAUUGACAGAUGCGGCAUGUUCCUGUUUAUCGGUGGAUUCAGUCAAAGGAUUCUGUUUUCCCCUUUUGGAAGGGGAAAUGUAAGUCCCUGUUCUCCAGGAGGAGGGUGCCGGUGUAGGCAGUGUAUGCUGGAAAUGUCUGUGGACAGGCGCAUGCCCCAGGACAGUGUCUGGUAAAGGGCGAGGGUGUGCCCCAUGCAGGGAAUGCAGUGAUGCGGGUGUUGCCACGAAAGCAGAGUGGGACAUGCAAUUGAAGUUAACACUGACCAUGUCUGGAACUUCUAGGCAUCAGAGAAGCUCAGUGGAUUUAGCAUUUGCUGAGUCAGGGUUCCUCCUGUCCUGGCUUGGCUGCAGCCCGAAGGACAGGGAAAAGUUCUGUAGUCGAAUGUGCCAGCUGCUGGGCUGGCCUGUGCAUUCUGCUUAGUAGUGACUGUUGCCACUGCAAGGGGGGCAUUGCUUGCUGAGGAGCACCUGGUUUAUAGCAUCUGCUGCAGGGUCAAUGAGGAAUGGCCAAGCCACCCAUCUGAAGGAGAGCAGAGGUGCCCUCCUCUCACCCAGCCACAGCCUCUUGUCCCUGAGAAAUGCUUUCUCCACCUGCUGUUCAUGCUCUCAAGGUAGGGAAAUGCCACAGCCACCAGAUGAGGGGGUAGGUGCGAGCUCUGCAUUUCCUGAGACUCUGUGGUAGAGAGGUUUUAGAACAAGCGUUUCAUUUCAAAGGGGAACUGGUGAUAACCUCCCCUUAUUAAGCCCUUCACAUUCUUGAGCUGUAAUACGUAAAGGAACGGGAUGUCGUGCUGCUCUGCAUAGCCACUGGCACUGAGGGCUGCUGCUAGCACCCGCUCCUGCCUGCAGUAACCUUGAGUGCCAUGAUGGCAUGGUUUGUUGUGGAUAGGAUGCAAUGCUUAAUUUGCCACUAAUGAGAGCUCCUCUCCUACCCACCACAUCUUGACAGAGGCUCCCUCAGCAUGUCCCCUUCUGUUCCAGGGCUGGUCUGACCCCCAGUUGUCCUGGCCUCUCCUAGUACUGGCCACUACAUGAACAAUUUGGGCAGCCCUGUUUGCUCUGUCAGUUUCCAGUCAGUAGCCACAAAGAGGUUUGCUGAUGUGAGACCCACAGAGUAUGGACUACACCUCUGGUUCCUACUGUUAUUGGCAUACAGACCAAGCCUUGAAAUCCAACAGAGACAGCAGUUGGUUUAAUGUGCUCAUGCUGAGAUGCACUGUUUCCAGUGUAUUAUAACCGAGCAGUGACAGGGCAUCCGUAUGAGCGCUGGGCCUACGCUAAGUGAACAAACUAUUGCAGGGACAUGGGUAGUGUUAAAUAGUUACCUACCUCACUUGUCCUGGCAUAGUUGGCGUGUCCACAGAGCAGCUCUGUUUUCAUGAGACCCGCCUUGGCUAUCCCCACCCAGCUAGACUUGCAAUUGUAGUAGUACCAGUUGUGAUGCUGACUGGAAUGGCUCUCGAAUGCGAGCACCAGCCUCUGAGUGGUGUGUUACACACAAGAAACAAAGCUCCAGGUGGCUACAUGUUCUGUGCUUAGAUUUUAUCAGCCACGUCACAAGGGUGAGCUGCUGAAGCACGGUAACAGCUUUCGCAUGGAGUCACCGACAGCCCUCUGGGACACCCUGUCUGGCUCAUCUGCUGAUCUGUAUUCAAGAGCAAGGCUUGCCAACAGAACUGACCCAUUCUGACCAGCUGGAGUUCUAUGUCCAGUGUUGGUCACCAGUGUCUAGAGAGGAGGCAGAGACUCUGGAAAGGAUCCAGAAGUGAGUGACAAAGAUGAUCAUAGGGAUGGAAGGCAAGUCACACGAGCCAGGCUGAGGGAACCGGGUCUGUUUAGUUUGGAAAGGGGGGCUAUGACAGCAGUCUGCAAGUCCUCGAAAGCUGCCAUCAAAAAGUGGGAGAAGAGUUCUUCUCUCUUGCCACAGAGGGCAGGGCAGGAGGCAAUAGGUUCAAACUACAGCACAGAAGAGUUAGACUGAAUCUCAGGAAAAACUGAGUCCUACCGGUGAGACCAGUCAGGCCAUGGAACGGGGGCCUAGGGAGGCUGUGGGAGCAACUUCUUUGGAGGUUUCAAAAGGGUGCUGAAUCGUCACCUGUGAUGGAUGGUUUAGACCCAACAGAUCCUACACCAUGGUGGGGGUUCUUCUGGCUGGUCCUUUUGGUCCCUUCUAACGCUGUGGUUCUGUGACCACAGAAGAUCCCAAACUAUCAGGGGCUGUGACACGUGAUGUUGAAUUCCAACCCUUGCCACAAGUUAGAGAGUUGUGGCAAGGGUCUGGAGCCAGGUCUGGUCCCAUGCUUAGAUAUGGAGAUUUAGAUUCUUGCCAUUAUUCCCAUUCACACCAGUAAGAGGUUGGCAAAUGAAAUGACCGUUUUUCCCCUCUGGGGUUUCUCACAGCUUGGACCAGCUUUCCUAGAGAAUAGAUAAAUUAAAGUCGAUAAUUAGGAAAACAAUCCGGGUAUUUCUGCCCCCAAACUGAACUCCAUCAUCUUAAAAUUGCUGGAGAAUGUCUUGAUUUUAAUUACGUAUCAUAAUUAACUUGGGAGUGUGCAUGUGGCUCCACUGCCCUCUGCUGCCUAGAACCAGAAAUGGUUCACUAUGUGUCAUAUACUUCACACUGCUGAAAAUUAAUGGAAACUCUCCAAUAGGUCCCAUAGCAGGAAACCUGCCUUUUCCUCCUUCCCUAUCUCCCAUCAAUUGGUCUGAGUUCUGUUGCCAUCAAACUGCAGGAGACCAUAGUGAACAGCAGGGGGACAAUUGUAAUGUGCUAAGUAGCCAUGAACUUGUUACAGGAUCAACAAUACACUAAGAUAUUUGCAAGAAAUUAAUAUGAAACCAAAGAGACUCUGCAUCAGACUGGUCUAGCCUAAGCAAUGUUCGGGGCACCCUUUGCACAGCAGUCAUGAAGCAGCAAAUGUUGGACUCCAAUCAGCACCUGUGGACCAAGACUUAAAAAUCUGCUCAUCCUUGGGUUCCUGACUGCAUGCUGGGGCAUCUACGGAAGUGGCUGCAUUCCCUGCUUCACCUUUCCCCCCCAAAGCCGGAAGGGCCCAGGAGUCACUGAAAUCAGUAGAACUGUUGGCUGCUGUGUAGGAUGUCUCAAAAUCAGAUGACUUCUGUAAGCACCUAACUAUAGAUUUAAGGUACUAAUUAGGGCUGUCAAUUCUCGUAGUUAACUCAAAAAUUAAUCGUGAUUUAAAAAUUAUUUAUGAUGAAUUGUCUUUUAAUCACACUGUUAAACAAUAGUAUACCAAUUGAAAUGUAUUAAAUAUUUUGGAUGUUUUUUCUACAUUUUAAAAUAUAUUGAUCUCAGUUACAACACCGAACACAAAGAGCACAGUGCUCACUAGGGAUGUUAAAUUGCGGGUAACUGACUAAUCAAAUAGUCGAUGCAGUUUCCAUCGACUAUUUGACUAGUCCAGUGUUUCCCAAUUGGUGUUCACAGGUUCCGUGAAGAGCCGGCACUCCCCCGCCCUCUCUUAAAGAGACAGAGCUGCGAUGGGUAUCAUGGCGGGGCUUGUUUUUUUUCUUUGCUCGACAAAAAGCGGUGGUGGGGCCUUUUUUUUAAGGCAACCCUAGGGGUUCCAUGGCCAAAUAAAAUUGGGAAACGCUGGACUAGUCGAUGGGGCGCCUCUGCCUCUGAAGUGUAGCAAUGGCCCUAGGGCUGUUGCUGCACUUUAAAAGUGAAAGUGCUAUGUGGAGCGCAGGGUCAGCUGGGGACUCCCCGCUGACUCCGGGCUCUGUGCGGUGCUGCCGCUUUGAAAUGCUGCCGGGGAGCCCGGGGUCUGGACCCAGGCUCCACAUGGCACUGCCACUUUGAAGUACCCUUUUUCCCCUCCCCCUUGCUGCCUCUUUCUGAUAGAGGCAGCUAAGGGGGGGGAGAGCGAUCAAUAAGCAUUUGCUUAUCAGAUAGUCGACUAGUCCUUUACAUUCCUAAUAUUAUUUUUAUUACAAAUAUUUGCAUUGUAAUAGUGAUAAAAGAAAUAGUAUUUUUCAAUUCACCUCAUACAAGUACUGAAGCCCAAUCUCUAUCAUGAAAGUGCACCUUACAAAUGCAGAUUUUUUUUAAUGUUACAUAACUGUGCUUCCAAAACAAAAUAAUACCUAGAACCCACAAGUCCACUCAGUCCUCCUCCUUCAGCCAGUUGCUAAGGCACACGAGUUUGCUUACAUUUACGGGAGAUAAUGCUGCCCAUUUCUUAUGUACAAUGUCGCCUGAAAGUGAAAACUGGUGUUUGCAUGGCACUUCUGUAGCCAGCAUUGCAAGGUAUGUAUAGGCUAGAUAUGCUAAACAUUUGUAUAUCUUAGGAGUAGGGAACCUCAGGCCUGGGGGCCAGAUGCAGCCUCUAGCUUGCCUGGAUCUGGCCCCCAAGCCUCAGGGCCUCCCCCAGCACUGGGUAGCCUGAACUGGCACUCCAGCCCACUGCUGCCCCACCACGGAGCUGGAGCACACAAAAUCUAGUAGGCUCUGGUGUGCAAGAGAAACGUGGGGAGUGUGUUUCUCCUUCUCAGUUGGGGGCCAUGUCAGGGAGGGUUGGGUUGCUGUUUUGUUUCUCACUUCUGUGCGCCCCUCGACUGAUUUGUCUGUGGGUCAAUGGCCUCCGACCCCCAAAAAAGUUUCCCCACCCCGGUAUUUCCCUUCAUGCUUCAGCCAUCAUUCCAAAGGACCUGCUUCCAUGCUGAUGAAGUGCAUUUAAAAAAAAAAAGGGUUAAUUAAAUCUGUGACUGAACUCCUUGGGGGAGAAUUGUCUCUUGCUCAGUUUUACACCCAUUCUUCCAGCUAUUUAAUGUUACAGCAGUUUCUGAUGAUGACCCAGCAAAUUCUCUCCCUUUUAAGAACACUGUCACUGCAGAUCUGACAAAAUGCAAAGAAGGUACCGAUGUGAGAUUUGUAAAAAUAGUUACAGCACUCAACCCAAAGUUUAAGAUUCAGAAGUGCCUUCCAAAAUCUGAAAGAGAGGAGGUGUGAAAUAUGCUUUUACAACUCAUAAAAGAGCAGCAUUCCCAUGUGCAAACUACAGACCUGAACCACCCAAAAAGAAAAUCAGCGUUCUGCUGGUGGCAUCUGACUCAGAUGAUAAAAAUUAUCAUGCAUCAGUCCAGACUCCUUUGGAGCAUGAUUAGCAUGGACACUCUUAGGCUGUGUCCAGACUCAGGGGUUUUUUCGGGAAAAGUAGCCUUUUCCUGAAAAAACUUCCCCUGCGUCCAGACUCAAGCCGCGUUCUUUCGAAAUUAUUUCGAAAGAACGCGGCUUUUCUUUCGAUGGCGGUAAACCUCGUUUCACGAGGAAGAACGCCUUCCUUCGAAAGUUCCUCUUUCGAAGGAAGGCGUUCUUCAAUGUAAAGAGGCCGUCUUCGAAAGAGAGCAUCCAGACUCGCUGGGUGCUCUCUUUCGAAAAAGCGGAUUUCCCUGCAGUCUAGACAUAGCGUUAGAGAAGAAACAGGUGACUCAGGAGCAGAUGGGGUAAACAGAACUGCUUUAUUGCCCACGCACGUUUACCUCAGACAUUCAACACACCGCCCAAGUGGCAACAAAGUGGCAUCAAUGACACCCUUUUAUCUAUUUUAGUAUGUUAAUUCACACGUCUAUUACUACUUUCCCUAAAACCUUAUUUAGUAAUGUUAACUCCUAUACAAUGAAUAUCCCACUAUAUUAAUAUGAAAAGUAGGUGAUUAAUGCAAUUAUACCCUCCCGUUUGUUGUUUACUGGUUUUUAAUUGAAUCAGUAUUACAUACUGUCUUAAUCAGCAUCUUAUAGGAAGGGGGAAAGCGCUUCAACCCUGAAAAUGUUUUUACAGACAAAUGCGAAGACAAUACAAGGCCCUGUUCAGUGCAACCAUCUUCCAAGGCUGCCAGGACAAGAGGAAAAAUGUGUUUAAAGGGCAAUGGCAAUGCCUAUUCUGGCUAAACCCCUUACCCAUUGAUGUAUAGUCAUCCCAGACCUCCAUUCAUUUUACAUAUCCCAACAGAUACGUCCUCUGGAAUGGUGGUUGAAGCAUGAAGGGACAUAUGAAUCUGUAGCAUAUCUGGUAUUUAAAUAUCUUGUGAUGCUGGCUACAACAGUGCCAUGAAAACGCCUGUUCUCACUUUCAGGUGACAUUGUAAAUAAGAAUUGGGAAGUAUUCUUUCUUGCAAAUGUCAACAAACUUGUUUGUCUGAGCAAUUGUCUAAACAGGUAGUAGGACUGAGUAGACUUGUAGGCACUGAAGUUUUAUAUUUUGAGUGCUACUGUUUUGUACAUUAGUUCUAAAUUUGUAAGUUCAACUUUCAUUAUAGAGUGCACUACAAUUAUUUGUAUUAGGUGAAUUGAAAAAAUACUAUUUAUCGUGUUUUUACUCUGCAAAUAUUUGUAAUAAAAAUAAUAUAAAGUGAGUUUUAUGCACUAUGUAUUCUGUAUAGUAAUUGAAAUCAAUAUAGUUGAAAAAGUAGAAAACAUCCAAAAUAUUUAAAUAAUGGUAUUCUAUUAUUCUUUAAGUGUUAUUAAUUGUGAUUAAUCUUAAUCACUUGACAGCCCUAAUACUAACUUUAGCCUCCCAACCUUUUCAUAAAAAACCUUGGCCAUUGACGUUAAUGGGAAAACUCUAUGGCAACAAGAGUGGGCCCCAAAUUGAAAAAUGGUGCAAUAUUGAUGCAUUUUCAAGGAGGUAAAGAAAAGGGAUUUCUGGGUUUGAUAGCAUAGCUAAUUCUUAUAUGCUGUGUAGUCCCAAGAUAUUAGAGAGGCAAGGUGAGGUAAUCUGUGAUAUUAACUUAUCCAUUUGGUCUCUUUAAAUAGGUAAAGGUUAACAUUCUGCCUCCCUACAUUUCCUCUUCAGUUUCACAUGGUUACACUCCUCCACUUCCUGACCUAAACUGUUGUGUAGUGUUGAUGCAAUAUUGGCGGCAUUCUGCCCCAGAACAUGCUGCCUCUCCAUGAUUUACAUGUGUAUAUAGUUUGUAAAGAUGUAACUCUUUGGGUCCUUUGGGACCAAAGAGGCUAUAAAAGUGUAUGAUAUAGUAGUUGUUAUUAAUAAUUGUUAAACUUCCUAACAACCAUAGGUGCAAAAUCCUCUUUUCUCAUAACAGAGCAAAUGCCUGUUGCAUGCAGAAGAUCCAGAUCUACACUUCUGGCACCUUGUGUUGCUACUUACAUAUGUGCAAUACUGUGCAAAGAGGGUGUGAAAUACACCCCAUGGGAGUUGGUGGCAUUCUGCACAUCUUUAUUGACACAAGGUACACAGCAGUGGGAAAACGGGCUGUAGGGCUCCUUGAUGCAGCUUGGCAAUGGGUCUCAAUGCUGAAUUGGUGAAGCAUGGGGAGCUUCAUAAAGAGCUUGCCUUUCAGAGGCGUGGCGCACCUGUUGAUCACUUUGACUCCUGGGGUAGUUGGGACUGAUCAGCAUCUCUGCAAGGCAGGCUCAGAAAGGGCACCUUGCCAAAGUCCUCUCCCAGCAGUAAGUUGCCAUAGGUGUAAAUCCAUUUGGUGAGGUGAGGAGGAGGAGGAGAAUGUAGCCCCAGAUCUAAGUGAUGUGGCUGGUUAUUGCUCUGUGUCUGUGUUGUAAAUACCAAGUUUCUCUGUUUAAUGAACCUUGAAGUAUGUUUUCCUGCCCUCCCCCUCUGCAGAAAGCAUGACUCUGAAACAGUGUUUGAGCUGCUGCUGUGGCUAACAGGUCCUUGUGCUGUACAGCCCAGCCCUGUGCAGAGAAUGUGAAAUGGCAUCUUCCAUGCCUAGUGCUCCAGCUGCUCACAGAGUCUAUCUCCAAUACUCAUUCCAAAACUGCACUCCCCAAGGGCUCAAUAUUUGGAAAGGAGACAUGAUACGCGUGUAGAGUUUUCUGUAGCUCCUUAUUUAUUCUGUGUAAGGACACCCUGCAUUGUACUUAUGUAAAAUUAUUGAUUGUAAAUAACAACCGUCUUUAAAAAACCCAAA